AUGGCCGGCUUUGGCGACACCAUCGACUCACUCUUGGAGACAUAUUCCAAGUGUCUGUCUUUACUGAAGGGGUUGAAAGGGGCGCGCAACAGCAGGCAACCUCGACAACUUCGAAGGAGCCUUCGCUCUGACAGGUCCAAGGUCCAAAGCGUAUACUCCUCGAAGCUGUCCGUGGCUGGGACUCAUCUUGAAAAGGGCGAUGCUGUGGCUCGGUCUUCCGUGCGAAGAGUUAUCAAGCGUCUGACAUCGGCCACGGCUAACUUGCUUCAUCUCAUGACGAGAGGCCAGAACCCCGUCAUUGACUACCAGUCGCUAAAGACUCUAUCCAACUCAUCACGUGUUGACGCUGUCAAAGCAAUCAAUGACCUGUCGCAAAGACUUAGCACCUCGUCUGAAGUCUCACUCGUCCGGGUCAAGCAAGAAGAGCAAGCGUCCGAAGAGGAUACUUGCUGCAGACAGCAAGCCCAAGUUGAGGGACAAGGAAGCCUCGGGGCGCAAACUCCUCAAAGCUACAGCGGAAGGUGCUCAACCGGAGACGAAACCAGCAGAACCUGUCUAUAUGCAGCAAUUGAAGACAGAGAAACGCAUGUCCAUGGCGACGAUGUCAUCAGGGAGCACCAAGCUGGGCGAGAUUCUGCCCAACAAGUUGCGACGAAGGCCGUCGGAAAAGCCGGUGCCGAUAGACCAGUUCAGUGUUGCGCCAACAUAUCCGUUGAGACCCUUCCAUCAACCGGAAGUCAAACGCAAGAGACUAUGGGGGUUGUUCGGAUGACGAUCGUCUUGGUGAAUGGCGUUUGCUCCGUAUCCUGGGAGCAAUGGGAUGAGGUCUGCAUGAGGCACAACGUGUGA